GGCCCGCGGGCGGGGUCGGCGGGGACCGGCUCCUCGGGUGAUGGACCGUCGCCGCCACCUGCUCGCGCCCGUCCGGCCCUCAGGACUCUCCGGGCGUGAGGCCGGACGGGAGAUAUGUGUAACACACCGACUUACUGUGACCUAGGAAAGGCUGCCAAGGAUGUCUUCAACAAAGGAUAUGGAUUUGGCAUGGUCAAAAUAGAUCUGAGAACCAAGUCAUGUAGUGGAGUGGAAUUUUCUACUUCUGGUCAUGCUUACACUGAUACAGGGAAAGCAUCAGGCAACCUAGAGACCAAAUACAAGAUUUGUAACUAUGGACUGACCUUCACCCAAAAGUGGAACACAGACAAUACUCUUGGGACAGAAAUCUCUUUGGAGAAUAAGUUGGCUGAAGGGUUGAAACUGACUCUCGAUACCAUAUUUGUACCGAACACAGGAAAGAAGAGUGGGAAAUUGAAGGCCUCCUAUAAACGGGAUUGUUUCAGUCUUGGCAGUAAUGUUGAUAUAGAUAUUUCUGGACCAACCAUCUAUGGCUGGGCUGUGUUGGCCAUUGAAGGUUGGCUUGCUGGCUAUCAGAUGAGUUUUGACACAGCCAAAUCCAAACUGUCACAGAAUAAUUUCGCCCUGGGUUACAAGGCUGCAGACUUCCAGCUGCACACUCACGUGAACGAUGGCACUGAAUUUGGAGGGUCGAUCUACCAGAAGGUGAACGAGAAGAUUGAAACGUCAAUAAACCUUGCGUGGACGGCUGGCAGUAACAACACCCGUUUCGGCAUCGCCGCUAAGUACAAGCUGGAUUGUAGAACUUCUCUAUGUGCUAAAGUGAAUAAUGCCAGCCUGAUUGGACUGGGUUAUACUCAGACCCUUCGACCAGGAGUGAAACUGACCCUGUCAGCUCUAAUCGAUGGAAAGAACUUCAAUGCAGGAGGGCACAAGGUCGGGCUGGGAUUUGAACUAGAAGCUUAAUGUGGUUUUGAAUAAAGCAUCAGCUUUGUCCCUGGAGGUGAAGAGAAAUGAACCCACUAUGUUUUGGCCUUAAAAUUCGUCUGUGAAAUUUCAAAAGUGUGAACUUUUUAUUCUUCCAAAGAAUUGUAAUCCUUCUCACACUGAAGCCUAGAUAUCGAGUCCAGCCUAAGGGAGGGGUGCUUGAAGGCACGCCCGGAAGUUGUCAUGUUCGUGCCACAUUUCAGUUCAGUUCCGCAGUGUUAUUUUCAGUGUGUUGCUCAGCGACAGUGUAGUGUCAUGUUACCAAGGAGAUGACCCGACCCUCCAGUUGUCCAUCACGUCCUGCAUGUCCCACACCACUUUUUCAUGACCUUGUAAUAUACUGGUCUCUGUGCGGUAGUGGAGUCUUUCGUUUUGCAUCAGAGUAAAAUAAAAUAAACCCAUCACAUUUGGAACAUAAUUGUUCAUC